GCAGGAAUCAGGGGAUGGUGUGACAAAGAAUGUUUAGUACAGAGGAGUGUUCAGGACAAAGUCCCAGCCCUGGGUGUGGCUCUCAGGGUCUAGAUGGGACAUGGUGUGGACACCUAGCACUCUCUGGAGUUUCACUUCUUCUUCUCCCAACCCGUGUCAGGUCCUUCUGCCUGGACACUCUUGACGCGGCCAGGUUCUCACGCCCACUGCAUGUCUUGCUCCUAGAGAAGCCAAACAGCAUUACCACGGUUCCGGUUUUAAAGCGUCCAAGGCCGGCCAAGUCCCAAAUCUCCACAGAGCUGGAUGAUGGGGGCUCCCACUCCAUGAGGUAUUUCAUCACUGCCGUGUCCCGGCCUGGCGGGGAGUCCCGCUUCAUCACCGUGGGCUACGUGGAUGACACGCAGUUCGUGCGCUUCGACAGCGACGCCGAGACACCAAGGAUGGAGCCACUGGCGCCUUGGAUAGAGCAAGAGGGGCCAGAGUAUUGGGAAAGGGAGACACAGAAAGCCAAGGGCCACUCACAAAUUGACCUAAUGAGCCUGAACAACCUGCGUGGCUACUACAACCAGAGCGCAGACGGCUCUCACACACUCCAGAGGAUGUCUGGCUGCGACCUGGGGACAGACGGGCGCCUCCUCCGCGGGUUCGAGCAGCGUGCCUAUGACGGUAAGGACUACCUGGCGCUGAACGAGGACCUGCGCUCCUGGACUGCGGCAGACGUGGCGGCUCAGAUCACCCGGCGGAAGUGGGAGGCGGCCGGUGACGCGGAGCACCACAGGGCCUACCUGGAGGGGGAGUGUGUGGAAUCACUCACCAGAUACCUGGAGAACGGGAAGGAGACACUGCUGCGCACAGAUCCCCCAAAGAUGCAUGUGACUCACCACCCUAGGCCUGAAGGAGACAUCACCCUGAGGUGCUGGGCCCUGGACUUCUAUCCUAAGGAGAUCACCCUGACUUGGCAGAGGGAUGGGGAGGACCAGACCCAGGACAUGGAACUUGUGGAGACCAGGCCUGCAGGGGAUGGAAACUUCCAGAAAUGGGCCUCUGUGGAGGUGCCUGCUGGAGAGGAGCAGAGAUACAUAUGCCAUGUGCACCAUGAGGCGCUGCCUGAGCCCCUCACCCUGAGAUGGGAGCCACCCUCUCAACCCACCAUCCCCAUGGUGGGAAUUGUUGCUGGUGUGAUUCUCCUUGGAGUCGCUGUCACUGGAGCUGUGGUAGCUUUUGUCUUAUGGAAGAAGAAAAACACAGGUGUAAAAAAAGGGCCCUAUGCUCCAGCAAAGGGUAAUGACAGUGCCCAGGACUCUUAUGUGUCUCUCACUGCUUAAAAAUUGUGAGACAGCUGCCUUGUGUGGGACUGAAUAAUACAGGAUUUCUUUAGUUCAUUCCUGCUCCCUACUAAGAUUUCAAGAGUUUCUAACUUCUCUGUGUAGCUGGCAUCUAACUGUGUCUAUGUGUCUGUGUUUCUAUCAUCAUCACUGAGGAAAUGCAGAGAAGAGCACAUCCCUGAUCACCAAGAUCCCUCCCCACACUGUUGUGUUCUCUUCCUCAAUCAACUUUCCUAUGUAGCAGAUGUGAGGCUGAGGUGUCUCCAUUUUUUAUGUAGCUUCAUGUUGCCCUGGGCUAUAGCUUCUUCCUUCCCUUUUGAAAAAUAGAAUCUGAAUAUUGAUUUGUAUUUCAAAUUUAUGCCACAAAAUAUGGUUGAUGGGUAAACUAAAUGAAGAUUCUCAAAUUUGAAAAAAAAUAAAGCCUGAAAUCUAGAAUCCAUA